AUGGAUAAUAGAGGUUAUCAACCUAGAAGUUAUGGUUUUACAAGAGAAAUAAAAAGAUAUCAUACACGACGAAUUCAACCAAUUAAUGAUGAAGAUAAUGUUAAUUCAACGAAUAUAGAUGAACGAUACUCUCCUUCAAGUAUAGUUGAAUCAUAUUCACCAACAAAUAAUCGACCACAAUCAAAUGAUUCAUUACUUGAAAUCAAUCAAGAUUUCCCACAACAAAAGAAAGUUUCAUAUAAGGACGAUACACCUAUUUUAUCAACUACAUCGAUAACAGGCUUGUUUAUUGCUGGUGGAAUUCUAUUAGGUAUUUCUAUUUUAAUUGUGAUACCAACUAUACUUGGAAUUAUUCUUACACGAAAUCCUGCAGUAACAGAUGCAACUACAACAUCUACUAUUGCUCCUACAAUUAUUACUGCUUAUUGGAGUUUUGAUAAUGUUGCUAGUGAUUUAUAUGGAACUUAUAAUGGUACUCUUGUAAAUGGUGCAACAUUUUCAAAUACAACUUAUUUUGAUUAUGGUUAUAAUUUAGCAUUAAAUGAUUCAUUUAAUCAAUCUGUUACUAUUACAUAUCCAUUUUUCAAUUUAUCUUAUACAAGUUUUACUUUUGAAGCAUGGAUUUAUGGUUACACACUUACAGGUGAUCAACCUUUAUUUUCUCAAUGUCAAUGUAAUUCAUGUCAAGAUCAAUGUCUUUAUUUAAUUAUUCGAAAUCAUAAAAUGUAUAUGAGUUUUCUAUUAGAUGAUGUUAUUGGUUCAACGUCAUUAUCAAUUAAUACAUGGUAUCAUGUUGCAUUUGUUUAUGAUUAUUCAAGUGGAACACAAUCAAUUUAUUUACAAGGUAUUCUUGAUGGUACAAAAACAUCAGCUGGUCCUUAUCAAGGUCAAAAUGGAUCAAUAUUUAUAGGAUCAUCAGUUUUAUCCUCUAAUUCAUUUUAUGGUUAUAUUGAUAAUAUGAAAUUAACAACAAGAACGAAAUCAGCUAGUGAAAUUCUUACUGAUGCUUCAUUAGUUGUUUAUUUUUCAUUUGAUGGUUCAACAUUAACACAAGAUAUGGGACCAAAUCAAUUGAAUGGUACAAUAUCAAAUGCAGCGGCAGUUAGUGGAAAAGUUGGUCAAGGUUUAGCUUUUAGUGGAUCAACAUCAUCUUAUUUUCAGGCAUCUGGAUUUUAUCAAUUAGGUCAGUCUAAUAAACCAUUUUCAUUUUCCAUAUGGAUAUAUCCAUACUCAAUUGCUGGUGGUGUAUUAAUUCAGAAGGCGACAACGCAAACUGGAUGUUCUAGUUGGUGUUAUUCUCUGAUGGGUCUCUCUUCUUUCGGUCAAGUUGUAAUGUUUCUCUACACAACGGGUGCACCGUCAAUCGUUGGUCCUAUAUUAACAGUUCGUACGUGGACUCAUCUUGGUUAUACAUAUAGUACAACAAAUGGUCUUCGAAUGUAUGUCAAUGGUCAACUAUUUGGUACUACUGGACCAGCAUCAUGGUCGUCAUCGUCGCGGAUUGAUUGGCUCAAUAUUGGCUGUUACGUAUCCACUUUUUGGGGAUCAAAUGUAAUAAGUGGUGUUCCUUAUUUAGGUGCCAUUGAUGAAUUUUAUGUCUAUCGACGAGAACUGAGUGCAAGUGAAAUACUUGCUUUAGCCAAUCCAUAA